CGCUCGUCUCUGAUUGGUCGGAGCGCGUCCUGCGCUGGUGCGUGCGUCACCGGUGGGCGGGGCCUGAGCGGCAGUGUUCUCGAACAAACGGCGGAAGCGGCGCGGUGUCACCCUGCAGCCCUCGCGCAUUAAACAUCUAUAAAACAGCAAGAACCAUGAAGAUCUGGACGUCAGAACACGUUUUCAACCAUCCAUGGGAAACCGUGACCAAAGCUGCCAUGCAGAAGUACCCAAACCCCAUGAACCCCAGCGUGUUUGGCGUGGACGUGUUGGACCGUAACGUGGACCAGCAGGGACGGCUGCACAGCAAGCGGCUUCUCAGCACCGAGUGGGGCCUGCCAUCCAUCGUUAGAUCGAUAAUUGGGAACACGCGGACAUGUACGUACAUCCAGGAGCACUCCGUAGUCGAUCCCAAAGAGAAAACCUUUGAGCUUCAGUCCACUAAUAUCACCUUCACUAACAUGGUGUCUGUGGACGAGCGGCUCAUUUACCGACCACAUCCAGAGGACCCGGAAAAGACCAUGCUCACCCAGGAGGCCAUCAUCUCUGUGAAGGGCAUCAGUCUCAGCAGCUAUCUGGAGGGAAUCAUGGCCUCCACCAUCUCCACCAAUGCAGGAAAGGGUCGUGAGGCGAUGGAGUGGGUGAUCAGACGUCUGAACACAGAGAUCGAGGAGCUGGCCAUCACAGCCAGAGGAACCCUGAGGACGCCCAUGGCUGCGGCCGUCACUGAGAAAUGACCGCUCCUGAGCCGCGCACCUUCCUCUCUGUCGCCGCGCUUCUCUACGCACCCUUCUCCAAUGGUGGAAGUUCAUUCUCAGCGUCCUGCGGAUUCAAGCGUCUACAUUAGAGGCUGACGGGGACGUCCAGCGGCGGAGAGACGGUCGACAAACACUCAAACCUAGUUUUAAUGAAUCAGUAUAACGAGACCCAUGCUCUCUGAUGCGAUGAUGGAAGAGGAACGUAUGCCAAACCAUUCAGCUCUGUUACACGCGACUCUUACGGUCAGAGAGCGCAGAUGUUGGAUGCUUCACCAGCACUUAUACACUUGAAAACUGUUAGGAAUAUUAUAACUUAUUUUUAUUAUUACUAUUAUACUAGUAACACUUAAAUCCAAGCAUCAAGGAAGGGAACAAACUAAUCCAGACUAGAUUUGGAGGACCAUCGCGGAUGUUCACUGGAUUCUUCAGAAAACCAGUCAGACGCCGAGCACUGAAGAGAUGAUGGUGUAUGAAACGACAGAAUGAAUUAUCAUCAUCAUCAUCAAGAAUAUUCUGUAUGAUGUUAAAUAUCUCCUUCACUUAGUAGUGAACAUACGUGCACUUGCUGUGACUGUAAAUGGGGUGUUGGAUCCAGAUGUGAAAUGUGUGUGUGAUGAUGGGAAACAUCAGAAGAGGGUGAAAUACAUUCUAUUUAUUUAUUUAUAUUUUGUAGGUUUAUGUUAUUUCAUGCAUCCAUAAAUCACAGCUUCAUUAUCUUCAUCGUCAGCGAUGGGGAAACGGUACAAUGAAUGAAUACCAAUCCGAUGUAUUUAUUGAAUGUGACAGUGAAGAUGGUUUGUGGAUGUGAUUGCUUCAGCACAGAAACCUGUCCAGCAUUUACAGACGCUUGUGUUCUUCCUUCUCGAUUGAAAUGGCAUUGAAGAUCUUCUCUAUGUUUGGUUUACUUCAGUUUAAAUAUUAUGACGAACUAAAAUAAAGCGACUGCAUUAAAACAGCUUAUUUAUACUGAAUGUAAAUGUUUGUUACUGGCAUAUUAAGUAUUAAAUCAAAUAAAGCAACUUGGUGCAAAGGUUGAAAUAAUUUAGGAAUGAAUUAAAUGUCUGUAGUGUUUUAGAGUUGCUCGGUACUGACGAAACGAGACGAUCUCUUCAUCAUUUGUUCUCCAAAUGCAGCCAAAGCUGUUUACAAAUGCUGAAAUAAACUAACGUUCAUACUAAACAA